UGAGUGCGUUUUCGACAGUUGUUGGCGGAGGUUGUCCCGUCAACCGUUCUCGGUUUCGCUACACAACGUUUUUUCCCAGUGUAAAUGUACGGUGUGUGUGAUACGAAAAUCUUAGAAAAUACCCCAAUCGAAAUGUGAAAUUUUGUUGUACAAUGUUUUCAUAAUUAAUCUGAAGGAGAGAGAAAGAGAAAAAGCGAGAGAGAAAUAUCGCGUAAAAUGCAUAUAAAAUCUGUAGCAAUUUGCUUGUGUUUUUUGUGUAUGUAAAAAGAACGUGAAAAUAAAUAAAUAAAAACGUGAAUCGAGCAGACUUCACGCGGUGAGCGAAGAAGGCGCACAACGUGUGAUAAAGUGCAGUGUAAACUAAGUACGAAAAUAAGCAAAGGAAUAAAAGUUGAAGUCGAAGAAAGGCAGAAGACUCGCAGACAAGCAGCAGGAAAAGCACGAAGGCGGAGCAGGAGACGCAAGAGGAGUGUACUUGCUUGCCAAUUGAACGUAGUGCAACGAACCCGUAACGAAGACCAAUCCUUCGUUAAACAAGGGUUGCACGUCUGACUGUUUUGCCGCCCAGCCACCCCCCGGGCACAGCUGACUGUCGCAUCGACUGUCUCUGACUCAUCCAUCAUCAGAGCGGUGAAGAAGCUGGCGUUUCUAAGAGACCAAAACGUAACGAAAACUCAAAUCAAAGCUUCAAACCAAAGCUAAAGCUUCUCUUAUCGCAACGUUACAUCAAUUUCGCUUCAGCUUACGACCAAAGAAAACAACAAAAAAUAACCAAAAAAAAAAGAAGAAAAAGAAGUAAAGGAGCUGUAAAUUUUAUUGAUUUUGCUGUUACACACACUUCUCAUUCUAUCUAUCGACUCCAUUGAACUGCAUCUAUAAAGUAAACAUCACAACAUCAACAGCAUAGCAAAAACAAUUGGACAGCGUGUAUAAAUUACAGAAAAACAAAAAAAAAACAUCUCUACGGCAUUUUCCCAAGGAAAAAAGUCAAUCUCAAAUGAAUUUCACAAGCCAAGCGAACUGUAAUUGCCAACACAGCCAUCAUCACCACCACCACCAGCAGCAUCAGCAGCAGCAGCAUCAACAGCAGAAGCAGCAUCCGACGUUGAUCAAGAGUCACACUUGUGCCUAUCAGUUGCAGGAUUUGGCUGGCUACAAUCGUGCGCUGAUGCCACCGCUGGACAACACAGACUUUAGCAGCACGUGGCGACAUGUCAACAACAACAAAACAACCACGCCCUGCGCCUACCAUCAACAGCAGCAGCAGCUGCAACAGUCGCCACAUUGGGCAAAGGCAAAACCAAAGCUGCAAUAUCAUCAUCACACGUGUCCGCGACAAAAGAAAUCGUCCAUAGUCACGCCCACAACGACGCCAUGCUCAACGCCCACCUCGACAUUGGGCCGGCAGCAGAAGCAGAAGCAGCAGCAGCGACGCUCACGUUCCACAUCAGCGACGGCGACGGCAGGCAACAAGCAGCGUCGCAAUAGCUCAUAUCAUUCCUAUGAUGACUUGGAUGCAACGUCGGCGGUGAUCAAUGCCGAGCGCAAAGUUGUUGCCAGCCUCAAGUAUCUGUGCGCUUGCACGGGCGCCACGCUGCGCAAUUUAUCGAAAAAGACGAAAGAUUUGCAUGCCAAGAACUAUACGUACACCAAGCCCACGUGGCGCCUUUGGGGCGAGGAGCACGAGAAGAAUGCAAUUUUCACGGUCUAUCUGAAGAAGGUGCGCUACCAUCGACCCACGCCCACGGCGAGCAAUCAGGACUCGGACGAUGAAAUUUCACACUUGGAAUGGGAAACGGUGCGAGUGCGCUUCGUGAAGGCAGCUACCUUGGCCCGCUUGGUUGAGGCAUUGGCCACCGAUGAUGGCGAGCUGGAGUCCACGUUUAUCAAUGUAUUCCUCUCCACAUAUCGCACCUUCUCCACGCCCAAGCAAGUGCUUAGUCUGCUGACGCAACGCUACGAUGCGCUGCACGAGAAGCACGCCGAGGAGCUGGAGUUGGCCCAACAGAAUGGCACCUCGGAGGAUCAGAGCUACGACUCGCCUGCGUCCAUACACGAGCAGCACAAGAAAACUCUAGUCUCGGCGCUGCACGUGUGGCUCGAUGGUUUUCCCGAGGACUGGCAUGAGGAUAAUCUGCAGCAGAUUCUGGCAUUCGCCGGCAAGCGGCUCAAACGCUCCGAUCUGCAUAUCAAGGUGCUGAAUCGUCUGGAACGUUUGCUACGCCAACAGGUCUAUGGCGGGGGAGGUGGAGGAGGUGGCGCCACAAAUAAUGUGGAGAGCACGCCGCUGCCCUGGCUGGCGGCGCAAGCUGGCCAACAGUUUAUGAUGCAUACGCCGUGUGGUUCCACCUACGAUCUGAGCGAGCAGUUCAGCGGCAUGUACCUGGCGCCCAUCUACCGGGGACCCACACACUUUAUGCAGGCCUUUCGCUUUCCCCACGUCCCCGUCCGACACUUUGCCGAGCAGCUGACCCGCAUGGACACGGAGCUCUUCAAGCGCCUGAUACCGCAUCAGUGUCUGGGACACACGUGGGCGCGAAGGGACAGCGGUGGCUCCGAGACUGUGGUGGCCACAAUUAAUCAGUUUAAUGCUGUGCUAUUCCGUGUGGUCUCCAGCAUCCUCAUCGAUCGCCUGAAGCCACAGGAUCGCGCCUUGAACAUAUCUCGCUGGAUUGAUAUUGCCCAGGAGCUGCGUAUGCUCAAGAACUUCAGUUCCCUCAAGGCCAUCAUCUCGGCACUGAACUCCAACUCCAUUUACAGACUCUCCAAAGUGUGGGAGUUUUUGCCCAAAGAGCGCAUGGAAAUCUUUACGGAGCUAGCUCGCAUCUGUUCCGAAGACAACAAUGCGUGGACACUGCGUGAGGUGCUGAAGCGUGAGGGAACUGCCAAGAAUCCGGAUCCAGCUGGCGAUCAAACCGAUCGCCAUCUGCAGAAGCUCAUACAGAACCUGGGCACACAGACAUCGCAUGGGACCAUUCCCUAUCUGGGGACAUUUCUCACCGAUUUAACCAUGAUACACACCGCCAAUCCGGAUUACCUCACCGAGGACAAGCUCAUCAAUUUCGACAAGAAGCGCAAGGAGUUCGAGGUGCUGGCACAGAUCAAGCUGCUCCAGGGCGCCGCCAACACGUACAAUCUGCACGAAGAUGCGCUCUUCGAUCAUUGGUUCGGUUCGAUGCCGUUGCUCGAUGAGCGUCAGGCAUUUGCGCUCAGUUGUCAGCUGGAGCCGCCGCCACCGGCGCCUCGGAAAUCGGUGGCGAGCACGAAUACAUCGUUGACGAAUACGACGGCCUCAUCGACAGCCUCCAUCAUGGGCAGCGCAGGCGGACAUGGGCAUCGCAAGACUGACUCCAUACACUCCAAUUCGAGCAGCGGAGCUGGUUCACAGUUCUACUGUGAGCUGAACAGCAGCAAUAGCUCGAGGCACAAUUCGCUCGAUCGCGAUGCACAUCACGCUUCGCUCAUGUCCGCCUCCAGCAGCACCUCCAAUCUGUCCAUGGACUCGAGCAACUCCGGCGGUCGUCAGUCAGCUCACAGCAAGCUCACGCAUUCCCAGUCACUGGGCAAUGGACUGAAGAAUGCUGCCUUGAGCAAUGGCACCUCGAAUGGAGGAUCCCCGCAUACACACAUCAAUGCUCAGCUGGUGCAGCCGGUUGGCGUAACGACGCAAUCGGCGCCAGACUUUUAUAUCAUACGUGUGACGUAUGAGACGGAUAAUAUUGAGCUGGACGGGAUUGUGCUGUACAAGAGCAUUAUGCUGGGGAAUAACGAACGGACGCCGCAGGUGAUUAGGAAUGCCAUGCUGAAGCUGGGACUGGAGGAUGAUCCCGAUCGAUAUACACUGGCCCAGGUGCUGCCCGACAAGGAGCUGGUCAUGCCGAAGACGGCGAAUGUCUACUAUGCGGUCAACACGAAUUACAAUCUCAAUUUUAUACUGCGACCACGCAAGGAUGAUGCUGGAGGUGUUGGCGGAGCUAGCUAGUCCGCAGCUGUGCCCCUAUCCCAGUUGUGGUGCUUGAGAUACGAGGGCGAGGAAUGAAUGAAUGCAGCAUAUAUACAAAUAUAUAUAUAUAUAUAGAGCAAAACGAUUCGCACAUGACAACAACAACUACAAAUCUUUAGUUGAUACGAUUUAUGUAUUAAAAUAAUUAUUUAUUACCUGCAUCGAGAAAAGUUGAUGAAAGAGAUCCGUCAAUUAGCUUAUCACUUUUGUAAUCUCCAUUUCCCCUUUAAUUGCUCCACUGAGUUUUUGGAAUUGUAUAUCCAGGACACAUACUCGGAUGAUUAUCCUGUAUAUGUUACUAAUUGUAUUAUUGUAGAGUCGAAAACUGGAAUAAUUGCUGAUAUUUAUAAAUGAUAUACUUUUUACUGAUACGAUAUACAUACGUAUAUAAUUAUUAUGAUUAUUAAGCGAUUGAUAUUCAAAAUGUGGUACAAUAAUUUUGAGGUUAGAAUCGAUAUUAUGUUAGAUUAAAGAUUAAAGAUUAAAGAGGAACCAAACGACGAUGACGAUGACGAUGACUCGACUCGCGUUGUCUCCACGAAACAUGUAUGUACUUUAUUAAGCCAGCCCACAAAAACCAACAAAAACAUCAGUUUUAUAUAUAUAGUUAUAUACAAUAUGUUUAUAUGUAUAUGUAUAUGUAUUAUAUAGAUGUUUUAUUGCUGUACUUGUACACGUGUAUUGUGAAUCGAACAAUACGAGUUGUAACUAAUUAUUUAGUGUGGGUUGCAUUACAUUUUUUAUAGGCUCUCUACACUUUACACUUAGGUAAGAUAUUGUACGAUGUGUUUUUGUAUAUUUAAGCAGUACAGUACAAUUACCAGAAUUAUACAUAUGUAUAUCCAAAACCUACAAAUAGGAGAAAGCGCAUAUUUAAUAUGAGAGAAUCGGAGAUAGAGCUAUUAUUAAAUACGAAAUGAAGUAAAAUACAUUUAAUACAAAAUGUGUGUAAAUAUAAAAACGAAACGAAA